UGCAGAAGAAAGUGCAAAUAAUGAAUGCUCUGCUUCUCCCUCCACCGUCCGCCACCACCGCUCGCUUCCUCCACGGCCUCAAUUUCUCUCGACCAUCACUCUCCACCUCCUCUUAUAAGCACUCUCCUCUCCGUUCAUCCGUCACCUCACUCUCCUUAUCGGAAGACGAUGUAGUUACAGAAGAGGACGGCGUUUCACCCUACUCCCACCGCCGGUACGACUUCACCCCUUUGCUCCAAUUCCUCUCGAAUUAUAGCUCCGAUGAUAACGAUUCAGCAUACUCGGACCCAACCGACUCACAACUCGCCGAGUCAUAUCGAUUAGUCCCAGCUUCACUAUGGCAUUACCUUCUCAAAUCCCUAGCAUCUUCUCCUUCUUUAUCAACCUCGAUUUCAACAACCUACGCGCUCGUUGAUUGGCUCCACAAGCACAAUCUCUGCUUCUCGUAUGAAUUACUGUACUCGAUCUUAAUCCACUCGCUCGGACACUCCGAGAUGUUAUACGAAGCUUUUUUGCUCUCACAGAAACAAACCCUAACUCCAUUAACUUACAACGUUCUCAUAGGUGCUUGCGCGCGAAACGAUGACUUGGAGAAAGCCGUUAUCCUGAUGAACAAAAUGCGCGGGGAGGGUUACCAGUCGGAUUUUGUGAACUACAGUUUAAUCAUUCAAUCACUGGUUCGUAACAACCAAAUCGACUCGAAUUUAUUGGAGAAGUUAUACGAAGAAAUGAUAUCAGAUGCAAUCGAGCUAGAUGUGCAGUUAUUGAAUGACAUAGUUUUAGGAUUCACGAAGUCAGGCGACGUUGACAGAGCUAUGCAGUUUCUAGGUAUGAUUCAAGGGUAUGGACUGACUCCCAAAACCUCCACCGUGGUUUCCAUUAUCUCAGAGCUGGGCAGUUUGGGGAGAGCUGAAGAGGCCGAAGCUGUUUUUGAAGAGAUCAAAGAAGGCGGAUUGAGACCUAGAACCAGAGCUUACAAUGCUGUGCUAAAAGCAUAUGUGAAAAACGGUGAUCUGAGGGAUGCAGAGUGGAUAGUGAAUGAAAUGGAGAAAAAUGGUGUUUCUCCAGAUGAACAUACGUACAGCCUUUUGAUUGAUGCUUAUGGAAACGCAGGCAGGUGGGAGAGUGCAAGAAUCGUGUUGAAAGAGAUGGAAGCAAACAACGUAAAGCCAAAUUCAUAUGUUUUCAGUAGAAUUAUAGUGAGUUAUCGUGACAGAGGUGAGUGGCAAAGAUUGUUUCAAGUUCUAAAGGAGAUGCAGAAGUGUGGUGUGAAACCAGAUAGACAAUUCUACAAUGUUAUGAUUGAUACAUUUGGUAAGUACAAUUGUCUUGAUCAUGCAUUGGGUAUAUUGGAAAGAAUGAGAAAUGAAGUGAUUGAGCCUGAUAAUGUUACCUGGAACACACUUAUUGAUUGUCAUUGUAAAUCUGGAGACCAUAAUAAAGCAGAGGAACUGUUUGAUGAAAUGCAGCAAAGAGGGUGUUUGCCUUGUAUUGCAACAUAUAACAUCAUGAUCAACUCAUUUGGUGAACAGGAAAGGUGGGAGGGAGUACGUAGCUUGUUGAGAAAGAUGAAAACUCAAAACUUGCAGCCUAAUGUCAUAACUUAUACUACACUAGUUGACAUAUAUGGACAAUCCGGAAGGUUCAUGGAUGCCACUGAAUGCUUGGAGGAUAUGAAAGCUUCUGGCUUGAAGCCAACUUCAACAAUUUAUAACGCCUUGAUUAAUGCAUAUGCUCAAAGGGGUUUAUCUGAUGAUGCACUGAAUGCAUUUAGGAUGAUGAGAAGCGAUGGUUUAAAGCCUAGUAAUUUAGCUCUUAAUGCAUUAAUAAAUGCGUUUUGUGAAGAUAGAAGAGAUGUUGAAGCCUUUGCAAUUUUGAGAUCAAUGAAGGAAAAUGACUUGAAGCCGGAUGUGGUGACAUAUACUACUCUUAUGAAAGCUUUAAUUCGCGUGGAGAAAUUUGAUGAGGUCCCUGGAGUUUAUGAAGAAAUGAUAAUGUCUGGAUGCACUCCUGACCGGAAAGCUAGGGCUAAGUUACGGUCUGCAUUGAAGUAUAUGAGACAACGAUUGAAAUCACAAACCCUUUAGCCAGGGGUCACCACUUUGUGGGUCCUACUUUCUGUCUCAACAAAUGAGCAUACAGAUAAAAAGCUUGUUACGUUUGUAGCAUACUUGCACAUAACUUGAUAUUGUAACAUCAACAUGCAACAAAACAACCAUUUUUUGAUACACAUAUUUGAAG